UGCAAACAAAACAAAUAAAUAAGGGCUGCUUAUUUUUUAUUACAUUUCGUAAUAUGUAAACUUGAAGUGAAUCGUUUAAUUUAAACUACACUACCCACAAUGCAGCUACAAACCACUACGUCAACACACAACGUCAAAAACGAGUGACAACAAGGAAGUGAAUGCUCAUGCUGCCUGAAUUUCUUGUAGUAAUCUUCUUAAACAGGGAGACAUUUGGUUUUAGGUUGAUCUUUUUUUAGGUGGAUCUGUCUGGUUCUCUGAGCAUGUUCUUGGCGAUCUACGAAGUGACAAUGGAAGCUAAAGCAGUGUGAAUCUAUGAACUUGUAGUAGUAGUAAUAGUAGUAGUAGAUAGGUUGGUCACUCACUCAUUCAUUCUUUAACGGAACAUUAUUCCCGUUUUUAUGAUCAAAAUCCGCUGACGUUACAUGCAGUCACCUCUUUUCACUUCCAAGCGAAUUAAAUCUACCCUGCUUGUCCUCAAGUAAACCCUCAGUUGUUCUUCGGUGUGGCUUUGGCACCCAAAAUGAGGAUGAUCACCUUCUUUGUGAUUGGGCUGACAGUCCACGUGGUCUUCUUCAUCUCUAUCUUUGAUAUCUACUUCACCUCUCCUCUGGUCCAUGGCAUGACACCCCACUCCACACCCCUGGAACCCCCUGCUUCCAGACUGGUGUUAGUGGUGGCCGAUGGUCUCAGAGCAGACAGUCUCUUCACCCUGCUCCCUAAUGGCUCAUCCAGGACACCAUACCUGAGGAGUAUAAUAGAGGACAAGGGGACCUGGGGUGUGUCACACACACGUGUGCCUACCGAGUCUCGGCCCGGUCACGUUGCUCUCAUUGCUGGCUUCUAUGAGGAUGUUAGUGCAGUUGCUAAAGGCUGGAAGGAAAAUCCUGUAGAAUUUGACUCUGUGUUUAAUGAGAGCAGACACACCUGGUGCUGGGGCAGCCCUGAUAUCCUACCUAUGUUUGCCAAAGGCGCUAGUGGGGACCAUGUGUAUACCCACACAUACUCGGCAGUGGAGGAGGACUUUGCCUCCACAGAUGCAUCCAAGCUAGACAGCUGGGUGUUCACUCAAGUCAAAUCCUUCUUUAAGUCUGCACAGUCUAACUCCACUCUGAAGGCCAGCCUAUGGGAGGAUAAAAAUGUCUUCUUCCUGCAUCUGCUUGGAAUUGACACUAAUGGACAUGCUCACAGACCAAUGUCGCAAGAAUACCUAGACAAUAUUGGUCUAGUAGAUGCAGGUGUAGCUGAAGUGGUGUCUAUAAUAGAGGACUUCUUCGACAAUGAUGGCAGAACAGCCUAUGUGUUUACCUCUGACCACGGCAUGACAAACUGGGGUUCCCACGGUGCGGGCCAUCCUUCUGAAACGCUAACCCCUUUAGUGGCGUGGGGAGCUGGGGUUCAGAAAGCCAAGGGAGUCACAGAACCCCAACCAUACAAUGAUGGGUUCCUACAAGACUGGAAACUGGAGCAUCUUCGUAGAGUCGACGUCAGUCAGGCUGACAUUGCUCCGCUCAUGGCUUCCCUCGUUGGUGUGCCUAUUCCUGUUAACUCUGUUGGCGUGUUACCUCUUCUCUACCUCAACAACAGUGAGCGGUUCAUGGCUGAGAGCAUGUACACUAAUGCUAUUCAAGUACUGGAGCAGUUCAAGAUGAAAAUGAUGCAGAAAAAGGAGACAACUUUAUCUUUUCUCUUCACCCCAUACCAACUCCUGACUGAGUCAAAACAAGCAGAAUUCACCCAGAAGGCCCGAAUACUCAUUCAGCUGGAGAAGUACGAGGAUGCUAUCUCUUUGUGCCAGUCUCUGAUAUCUCGCUCUCUGGAAGGCUUGGUUUACUACCACACCUAUGACCGAUUCUUCCUCGGUUGCAGUGUGGUGCUGGGAUUUGUAGGCUGGACCUCAUAUGUCGUCUUAGUCAUACUGAAGACUCACGCGAGUCUCAACAGACAUCCUAAUCUCACUAAACAGAUUCCUGGCCGUAACUUGGCAAGGCUGUGCACGUGUGUGGCAGUGGUGAUCACACUCUUCCUGCUUAUUCAAAGAAGCCCCAUAACCUACUAUAUUUACUGCCUGCUGCCUAUCCCUGUGUGGUAUUCUGUUCUGAAAGAGUCUGGAACGCUGAGAGAUUUGAUUCAGACAGCCCCUUCUCUCCCACUGUGGAAAUGUCUGGGCUAUUUUGUGCUGGUGGCGUUUGGGAUUGAGCUGCUGGUGGUGAGCUUCUUCCAUCGCGCCAUGCUGACUGUAGGGCUGGCUGCUCUCUCUCUCUGGCCCUUCUUGUCGGGGCUUUUUGGCAAGGCUAAGUCACGCUCACUGAGCUGGCUUGUGGGCUGUCUGUGUCUAGCUGCUUUCCCCCUCAUGCCUGUUGUGGGUAGAGAACCUAACAUACAUCUGGUUACCUGUGCAGGUCUGCUCGCUCUUUUCACCUCAGCUUGCUACCUCUGGUCAUCUCGACGGAGGACACCGCUGCACCUCGGUGACAGACCACAGUUUGUCAUACAGAUGCUCCUUGUUGCUGUGUGUGCAUACGUGCCAUCCCUCACACACUCCAGCCUGCAACAGAAACAGGGCCUACCCCUUCUUAAUCAGAUCAUAAGUUGGAGCACAUUAGCAUCUUCUAUAUUUGUUCCUUUGCUGAGCUCAACACGACUUUUUCAUCGACUCCUCAGCAUAUUCUUGUCUCUCACUUCCACCUACCUGCUGCUUAGCACUGGGUCAGAGGCUUUGUUCCCCCCUGUGUUAUCCUGGUUAAUGUUUGUGUGGAUUAACAUCGAACAGGAAGCCUUGCUUGCUCAGGGCAUGUCUGGUAGGCAAGAGUUAUCCACCAUCGAUUUCUCUGCAAACAUCGACAUCACCAAGAUUCGACAGCUGAAGCUGGAUGACAUCCGAAGGUCCUAUUUUUUUGUAUUUUUUAUAAUAACAGCAUUUUUUGGCACAGGAAACAUUGCGUCCAUAAACAGUUUUGACCCAGCAUCUGUUUAUUGUUUCCUCACUGUUUUCAACCCUUUCAUAAUGGGAGGGUUGAUGAUGUGGAAGGUUAUCAUUCCAUUCAUCAUAGUUAUGUGUACAUUUGAGACCAUCCAAGUUGCAACACAGCUAUCAUCAAGGAGUUUGUUCCUCAUCGUCCUGGUUAUCUCUGAUUUGAUGGCUCUGCAUUUUUUCUUCAUGGUGCAGGACUAUGGCAGCUGGUUGGACAUUGGCACAAGCAUUAGUCACUAUGUGAUAGUGAUGUCAAUGACGAUCUUUCUCAUGUUGCUGAGUGUGGUUACACAUGUUCUCACUUCACAAAGACUCGUCCUGUGGAGGCAACGCAAGAUGCACUUCCCCUAGUAAAUGUUACCAUGUGUCUUAAACACGAUAUUUAUCAGUGUACCUAUUUAACUGUCUUAUUUCAGAUAUGUUUUAUGUUUUGUCAUAUUGUUUUAAUUUUUUUUAUAGACAAAAUGGAAAAUAAUCUUAGGAACCUAAAUAAUGCGAUACCUUUUUUGCAGAGUGGCCUAAGACCUUUGCACAGUACUGUGUUGUGUUCUUUGGUACAAAUGCACUCAGUCUUAGUUUCAUUUGUGAAUUUGUAAUAGGCUGCUGCAAAUAUGACUGUGAAUUGGGUUUUUGAUGAGGGUGUUGAUUUGCAACAUAAUACAAUGGGACUGUACCUCAGUAAGAAAAAACUUUGGCCACAUGUUGCUUGUCACAUUUAAAUAUUUUACUCUGUACAUGUUUCUCUGAAAGGGUUAAAUCGUGUAAACAAAUGAGGAAAAGCAUUAGUAAUGAUAAUUGAUUUAUGAAACGCAUGCAAAAAGCAAACAAAUGCUUUUGUGUGUGUUAUUCUGCUUUUUCAUGAUUUCAUGCUGCUACGAUAAAUGGUCUGGUGAAAGUAUGUAACAUGAGACUUCAUAACGCUGCCUAAAAUGUAUGUUUCUUUAGUGUGAAAAGGGAUGUUUUAACUUAUUUUGACUACGUGUGUAUCAAUAAAACUGAAGGAUUGGCGUGCAAACGUGUGUUUAAGAGAAUUUAAUUGUCGCGUGAAAACUUGAGUUGCAAAUUGUUGACUUUUUCCAUCAUUUUAGAUGUUUGGUUGUCUUCGCAACAGUGCAUAUUAGUAAAGAUGACCUAUUUAAACAAAAUCAAAAAUCAAACUGACAGGGAAUUCUUAAGGAGUGACGAGAGGUUCUUUAACAUCUAAUGGAGUGUGGUGUCAACAUCUCUGGCAGAAUCAGGGCCAGGAAGGUGCAGAAGUUGGUGGGUAAUUGUGCAAAAAGGCUGGGGCAACAGUUUUUAGGACAAGGGUUCUUUUUGCAAUGAAAACAAAUGAUUGAACACUUUAAUAUUUGGCCCUCUAUGCACUAGUAGUGCAGUAGAGCUACAUUUGUUCAAAAAUAGACAUCAGUUGGACUUAAAGCUAACUAGAAAAAAAUAAAAGAUGAGGUAAAUGUUCUUAAAAUAAGCGCAAACCUAAAUCAGAAUAUAACAGUAUUAAUUGUGGCAAAAGUGUAACUGAGCAAAUUCUAUGUUUACUGUGUGCGGUUAUACGCAGGAUCAAAUAAACCAACCUUUAAAAAACCAUCGAUGUUGGACAGCGUUGGUAGGUAAAUGUUUGCAGCGUGCACACUAAGCUUGUGGUCGGAGUGAUGCGAAGGUGUUUUCCUGUUUAGUAAAGUGGACUGUGGUGUUAAUUGGAUCUUUUAUGUUGACAUCUUUGCAACUGUGGUGCAAAGUCAAAAGCUUAUAAAUUCCUAUGAUAUUAGUUGGAAUCACAAUAUACAAUGUGCUGUAUAUGUCAUAUGACUUGUAACUUGUCUUUGCACUUUGUUGUUACUAAACAAAUCUGUCAACAUCACAGCUAGCAUUACCACAUCCUGACUAACUUCUCUUUUGAAUAAGAAAGUAGAUGACUUUGUCUAGCAAGCGCAAAAGCAAAUGUUUCAAAGUUGUAACCAGGUUCAAAAGUAUUUGGAUGAUGCCAAAUACUGCCUCUCUACAGCAGAGUGGUGUUAGGAUGUAAUGUGAGUGCAGACUUUCAGCUUUGUUUAAUAACUGGUUUCAAAAAAUAAUUAUUUACAAACCAUUAACUGUUCUGAACUCUAGAACACCCCCCCACCACCCAGACAUUGCCACAUGCCAUCACCCCUCCCUUGAGAUUUUGCAGUCACCUUCAGCUUCUGCUUGUUUUGUGUUUUCACCCUUGUGAAAGUUUUUUCUGAACUUAGACAGCUCAGCCACUCCAACCGAUGUCUUCGAUCUUUGAGGCCUUUUUGGUAUCUUGAGCUCACCAGAGAAUUCCUUAUUUUAAAGAACGUAGCGCACUGUUGAUUUGUCCACUCCCAAAGUUUUUCUACUUUCUCUCCGAUCUUUUUAUUUUGUUUUUUCAUCCUAAUGAUGACACUCAUAUAAAGAAUUCCAGUGAAUGCCUACCAAAUGAAAUUUCAGUGCUAGGUCAUUUUUCUGUUUAACAUGUGAUGGAAUAAAGCAGACCUCACUUGACCACAAAAUUACUUACCAGUCAAGUGUGCACAUACUUUUAAAGCUUCUGAAAAUGUUUCGCUGUGUAUAAAAAUGGCUGUAAUUCCUAAAAUAUUAAUGUAAUACUUUGGCUAAACUUUUCUGGAAAAAAGCUGAAAGUCUGCACUAUAAUCACAUCUUGAUUGUUUGAUAUAAAAUCCACUAUGUUAGUGUACAGAGGCAGAAUUUAGAAAAAAAAAAAAACACAAACUGUGCCACACUCCAAAUACUAGUGGACUUAACUGUGUUCUUGUUAUCUUCCUAAGGUGUAAGAGAUGCAAGAACAUUAGAGUGAAAAAGUAUCAACUUUUUUGUUUGACAUGCAUGCCUAAUAUGUUGCAUUAAUCUGUUGCUUUUGCGAAUACUCUAAUCAUUUCACAGUGCUUUUAACUGUCUUUAUCUACGGUCAUCUGGUAAACCACACACAAUUUUUUAUACAGGACACAAGCACUACAUUCCCCAAAUUACUGAAUUGCUUAAUUUAUUCGAAGUGGCAUCCUACUACAACAACUUCUUAUCGUCUAUAUUUCACUUUAAAUGUCAAAGUGAAGAGUGCAUUUAGAGAAAAAUGAGGAAGUAAGCAGCCCUGUGUUCCUGUGUGCUGACAUGUGUUUACAGCAACCUCCUGUUUCUGACACAGUAUGCAAAGUAGAUGGUGGUUUCUUACAACACUCACACGCAGGCUCACAAAGGCUUCAUUUUCAGAACCUUAACUUCCACCGAACGUUGGCAAACUUCCACUCUUACUCUCUCUCUCACACACAUGCGCGCAUUCAAAGGCAUAUGCGCAAAUGCACUCAACCAGAAUCCGUUUUUUCUCAGCUUUUCUCUUCCUCUGUGACACUGUGAACAUACCGCUGCUGGAUAUAAUGUGAUCUACUCCAGAGGACACACGCACACACAGAAGAGUACUCGGCAUACAGUUCUUCACUGACCGAAGCGCAAGAUGACUUCGACAUUAAAUGGGACCACACUAUCUCCAAACCAAAGUUCAACAAUGACCACACCCUCAGUUUCAGAGAAAGAUGAACUAGAAGAGUACCACACAGCCCUCUUGGUCAUCUACACUGUGGUCCUGAUCAGUGGUACAAUUAGCCUUACCAUGAUGAUGCGCAUCAUGAAAUCCACCGCAACUUCCACCACGUCAAUUGCCGUACUCAACCUGAUCUUCACUCACUUCAUCUUCCUGCUAACGGUUCCCUUCAGAAUCUACUAUUACGCAGUUCAUGAAUGGGAGUUGGGCUAUGAAUGGUGUAAAAUAACCAGCAGCAUGAUCCACAUCCACAUGUACAUGUCUUUUGUCCUGUAUGUGAUUAUCCUCAUCACCCGUCUGUUGACGUUCUACAAGAAAGCUUGCCAGGUGGCGUCCUUUCACAGGAUGCAUGCAUGCAUUAUCAGUUUUCUGGUGUGGAUUAUUGUGCUGAUCACUGUCCCUUGCAUCAUCCAUUUUAAGUAUGGCAAAGACCAUGACAAAAAUGCCACUCGUUGCUUCCAGUUUGGAAAAUCUAUAGAAUCUGUUCUGAUUUUGAACUACCUGACAAGCAUAUUGAUUAUAGUCAUUGCCAUUGUGUUGACAGCCUUCCAGGCCAAUGUCCUAUGGGUUUUAUACAAGAAGCAUCGGGAGGGAUGCACCUUUCAGCAGGAGUUCGGAGCUCAGCUGAAGAGCCUGUGCUUUGCGCUAAUCAUGGUCAUCUGCUUCAUUCCCUACCACAUUUUUCGACUGUCCUACUUAAACAAUAUAAAAGAAUUAGAGGGUACAAAUGAAAUAUUUCUGAGCAUAACCACUUUUAACUGUUUGGACAUGCUUACUUUCCUGGGGAGGAGGUCCUGUAACAUGUGCUUUGUAGGAAAAGCUGCUUAAAAGCGGCUGGUACUGUGUUUGCUUCACUUUUUUUAAUGGCUGUCAGGGUUCUGGUACAGUUCCAUAAAUUUAAACAAUUUAAUCUUAUUGCUUUUGAAGUGUUUGAAAUAGCAUAAAAAAUUCUUAAAAAACAAAUUUUAUCAUAAAAAUUGCACAUGAAAAAAAAAAAGACUGUGCAGACAACUGCGAAUGACGCAUAAACACUGGUUCUGAUUAUAAGCUUAGGUUCGACUUUCAGUUUCUAACAAUAGAUAUUGACCUUAGUCAGACAAAACAUUCCCUUAGUGGCUUAUUUGUCUUAGAGACUUUCAGAUCACUUUACAUUUGAACAUAAUUUAAUAUAUACAGAGUUUCAAAAAAUAAAACUGACAGACCCCUGACGAUGUCCUUAGUUAUGCUUUUGCACUUUUACAAUUUUUGUACCAUUGACUGACACACACACACACACACA